GAUGUUUUUGUUUGAUGUGUUUAUUAUAUGAUCACUUUUGAAUUAUUUCUUUAAUCAAGUUUUGUGAUUUAUUUUUCAUUUUGGAUAAAUCGAUAAUGAGCCAUUCGAAAAAUCAUUCCAACAACAUUGAAAUGUUGCGGAUUCCCAAAGAAGAGGAUAUUCCGUUAUCAGAUUUAUUGACAGCAAAACAAUGUCAUCCAUUAAUUGCUGGUCCUGGUGCUCUACGAGCAUCAGCAAUAGCUGCUACAUUGAUUCGUUUAACACCGGAACAACAGGAAGCAAUUGCAAAAGCUAAAAAAUAUGCAAUGGAACAAUCAAUAAAAUCAGUAUUAGAAAAACAAACAAUUGCUUAUCAACAACAACAACAACGUUCAUUACAAAGACAUCAGGCACUUGUAUUAAUGUGUCGAAUAUAUGUUGGUUCAAUUAGUUUUGAACUUAAAGAAGAUACUGUUCGUCAAGCAUUUGGUCCAUUUGGACCGAUAAAAACAAUAAACAUGUCAUGGGAUCCAAGUACACAGAAACAUAAAGGUUUUGCAUUUAUUGAAUAUGAAGUACCGGAAGCAGCACAUUUAGCAUUAGAACAAAUGAAUGGUUUUAUGAUGGGUGGAAGAAAUAUAAAAGUUGGACGUCCAUCAAAUAUGCCACAAGCAGCUCAAAUUAUUGAACAGAUUCAAACAGAAGCAAAAUCAUUUAGUCGAAUUUAUGUUGCAUCAAUUCAUCCAGAAUUGACCGAACAGGAUAUCAAAUCAGUAUUCGAAGCAUUUGGUAAAAUAAAUUCUUGUAAAUUGGCUCAAUGUCAAUCAGGAAAACAUAAAGGAUAUGGUUAUAUAGAAUAUGAAUCUGAACAGUCAAUGGUUGAAGCUAUAUCAGCUAUGAAUUAUUUUGAUUUGGCCGGACAACAUUUAAGAGUGGGAAGAGCGAUUACACCACCGAAUUGUUUUGAACAAACAGUCACUCCACCAAUUGUAACAGUUUCGUUGCCAACAGCAGCGGCAAUAGCCGCUGCUGCAGCUACAGCCAAAAUUCAAGCUAUGGAUGCCAUUGCAAAUUCGACUGGAACAACACCAACAUCGAAUGUUUCACAAACAGCUUUUACUUCUGGAUUUUCUUCACAACCAGUAACUGCACAAAUUGCACCUGGUCUAAUCACAGGAGCAACCUAUCCAACAACUGUACCACCAAUUGUUGCAGCGAUACCUCCACCUACUUUGGUGACCACACUUCCUUUAUCGAUAAAAAAUGGACGUCCAAAUGGUGCCAGUACGAAUGGUACAAAUAAUAAUGAAAUAUAUUCGGCUGCUUCUGUAACGAAUAAUUUUUCUACCAAUCAAAAUGAAGAUGGUAGUAAAAAAUUAGAGCAUCAAAAUGAAGCGAUCCAAAAAGAAGAAGAACCACAGACUUUACAACAACAAGAGAAUGUUGUUAUAAAAGGAUCAAAUGCUCGUCAAGUAUUGAUGCAUAAAUUGAUGAGAAAAAACGAGUCAAGAGUGAUCGUUUUGCGAAAUAUGGUCGCUCCAGAAGAUAUCGAUGAUCAAUUGGAAUCCGAAGUGACCGAUGAAUGUGGCAAAUAUGGCAUUGUCAAAAAAGUAAUCAUCUAUCAGGAAAGACAAUCUGAAGAUGAUGAAGCAGAUAUCAUUGUUAAAAUCUUUGUUGAAUUUACCAGUCUAUUAGAGGCAGUCAAAGCACGUGAUGCAUUAAAUGGUCGAUAUUUUGCCGGUCGAUUAGUUAAAGCUGAACUUUAUGAUCAAAUUCUUUAUGAAGAUAAUGAUCUAUCUGGUUAAUAAUAUGGUUGGUUUUCUCUCCGGCAAACUUGUCAUACAAUUUUAUUUAUCACGACGACGAAAAAAAAAUGAUCACACAAACCACCAAUCUAAUUGAAUUUUUCAUGCACACUACUUUGUUUGUUUUGAUGAUGAGAUU